AUGGCCGCCGCCACCGGCGGCCGUCGCCGUCGCCGGUCCGGCCAGCACUGGAGCACGGCCUCGUCACCUGCGCCCCUGCUCCUGCCCCGCGGCGCCGAGGUCGAGGUCCGCCUCGACGGCGAAGGAUUCCACGGCUCCUGGUACGAGGCCACGAUCGUCGACUUCGCGCUCGCGAAUGGCCGCCGCGUCCGCGACUACACCGCCACAUACUCGCACCUCGUCAACAAUGAUGUCUGCAGCGCCAUCACGGAGAUUGUACCGGCCAUCCAAGUCCGUCCCCGGCCACCGCCGCCGCCGCCCCCAUCGGAGUCGUCGUCCCCGCCGCGGUUCCACCUCUACGACAUCGUAGAGGUGUUCCACUACGACGGCUGGUGGACGGGCAUCGUCAUGUCCACCCCCGACCCUGAACCCGGCGCCACCGCCACCGCCAUCAUCACCAUUGGCUUCCCCAUCACCCGCGAGGCAAUCGAAGCCAAGGACGGUAUCGGGUAG